AUGUCCAAUUGUGUUAGCACACUUUUCUCCCUUAAUGGUGACCUAUCAUCUUUAAACCACCACCAUUUCCAUCUCCUUCAAUCUCAUGAGAUUUCCACUCUUCAACCUCACCAAAAGCAUCAAUUAUCUGAUCUGCACAAAACAGAACCUAAACAUCAAUUACAAGAAAAAGAAGAAGAAAUUGCUUUCCAUCCAAAAAUUCAUUUAGAUGAACAAGAGCCAAAUGUAGAAGAAACUUCUUUUGCAGAUCUAACUUUAAAACCAUUUGAUUCUUGCGUGUUCAAACAUACAAGUAACAUCCCAAAAAAAGAUACAGAUCUGGUUUUGAAGUCAUCAAUUUCUAGUUUACCACCACCAACAUUGAUACCUCCUCAACCUUUGAUGCCUCUGCAGUCGCUUCCAGCAAAAAUAGUUAUGUUGUCACUGUCUCCCAAAGAACCAGAUAUGCAAUUGCCACCGCCGACAACAAGUUCUCAUCAACCUCUGGGACCUUUCCCACCACCGAAGCCUCCAGAUCUACCAUUGAAACCACCAUUCAAAGCUUCUUUACUACAACCAUCAUCCCGUGUGUCACCGAAGAGAGUACCGUCAUCAUCGACACUACCGCCGCCGCCGAAAACACCGGAGUCACCAUCCUUGAAACCAACAAGAAUAGAUUCCUAUUUUUCUCUAUUGCCAAAAACAUCAUCAAAUUUGCAACGGCCACCACCGGAACCACCACCAUAUUUUAUUUCAAUCAUAAUAUUAAUUUUUUAUUUAGUAUUGAAAAAAAAACGUUGA